CAGAACUAGUUCUGUCUUGCCCUCCAUCUGCCCUCCAGGAACAGCUAUGAAGUUUCUCUCCACAAGCACCUUCAGUCCACUUGCCUUCUUGGGGCUGCUCCUGGUAACAGUUACUGCCGCCCCCACCUCACAAGUUCUGAAAGAUUUCACAGAUGAUACGACGCGGAGUAAGCCAACAACCUCUGCUUCACAAGCCUUUCGACUGUUUACACUAGUCCUCUACGAUGUCCAGGAACUGAAAAGUGAGUUGUGCAAACAUAAUGCCAAUUGCGUAGAGGAGGAAAGGGCCACCUUAAACAACCUGAACCUCCCAACGAUAGAAAUAGAAGAUGGAUGCUUCUACAAUGGAUACAACUGGGAAACAUGCCACUUAAAAAUCAUCACUGGUCUUCUGAAGUUCCAGAUCUACCUGCAGUACAUGCAGAACAAGCUUCAGAGUGACUCUGAAAAUGAAAAAGCUGAAAAAGUAUACAGUGGUGUCAAAAGCUUGAGUCUGUUCAUGAAAGCUAAGGUAAGCAGUACAGAACAGACAGUUUUCCCUAGCCCAACUGAAAAUGCCACCCUGCUGAAGGAGCUGGAGUCACAGAAUGAGACUCAGAAGUUUUUGAUAGUUCACAUUGUUCUGUGCAGCCUUGAAGAAUUCCUGCAGAAUAGUCUGAGGCCUAUUCGGAAAGCAGGCUCAGAGUUGGACUGA